AUGCCUGGUGGUGACAGACUCCCCAUGCCGCCUACCGGCGAGCCUGAGUCACUCUUUGAUGACUUCAGGCCCGACCCCUCGACUCCCAGAGUGUUAAUUAUCUACAACACUCCGUUUGCCUCCGAGUCUGGCACCCUGCAGAACGUGGAGCCGCACAUCCAACGCCAACCUGAGGCGUCUUCCUCCUCUUCUUUCCCUCCUCCUCACACCACUGCCCACACCUACCACCACCGUCGACCAACAAUCGUCGACUUUGUGGAUUCUGUAUUCCGUCCCCUCCCCUCGCCAACUGCGCCCACCAUGGGCCCCAGCUUGAGCUCCGCCGUGCCUUCUGGCACAACCGACGGGCAGACCGAGGUGAGGACCGAGGAGGAAGCCCGCGAGAAGAUUAAACUUCUCAACGCCGAGAUCGGCAAACUCCUCGGCGGGUGCAAGGAGAACCAGCAGGAGCUUGUUCUUCUGCGGCGCAAAUUGUUGCGCGUCGAGGAGUUCCUGGAGAUGGUGGCCUUUGAAAAGGUCCUCUCCCGCCUUGGUCAUGACUGGUUCACCAAGGAGGAGUUUGGCAGUGCUCUGGAGAUCUACCAGGAGCACCUGGAGGUAAAGGAGCCUGCUGCUCCCGCCGCCGACCAGGAGGGCAAGGAGUAG